AUGGCUGCAUCGGCUACGCCCACGGGAUCUCACGAACUGGAUAUGGACACACAAGCUAUAUCAUCGACCACGAGUACGACUUCACCACCUUCAUUGACGCAGAUGACGGGGACCCCAAUGUGGUCUACUCUCAGUAGUUCCUCUGAGGGGUUCGCGGGUCUACCGAUCGUCACAAUGACAUUUCCAUGGAACGGUCCCUCUGAGUUAUGGGGCUCUAUCGUCAGGGUGGAUUCAUGCCUGAGCACCAUAGUAGCUGACAACUACAGAUUCACAGAAUGUUGUGACGAAAUGACCGAAUAUACCUUCGCGUCCAAUACGCUCGUGUGGACAGUGAGCGAUAGCUAUCGAUCACCAGAAACGAUGUCGAGCGCCUGUUCGUUCAAUCCUCCAGGUGACGUCGUUGGUGGAACAUGCAUCGGUCGUGCACCGGGAGUUUUUGUCUCCCAUACACUCGACGCAAUCUCGAUUAGCGCUGUGGAAGUCGCGAUCUUGGCUGGAGCAGAGAAGCUCAUGCCAUCUGCGACACCUUGUACCGUCCGCAUCCCAUCCUUUGCGUCCACUGUGACCACUGGUGCAGUCAGAGACAGCAGCAUCGAGGACGACGAAGGACGAACGCGCAGGAACAUCGGCAUUGGAGUCGGCGGCGCGAUCGGCGGUCUACUCUUACUGAUCUUGCUUCUGCCUGAAAUAUCGAGGCGAAGAGCACGGCGAAGAGUACGGCGCCAAGGGACAGCACGCGGGACCUUGACGUUGACCGGCGACGGCCGUUGGGAGAAGGCAGAAUUGCCGGCCAGUGGGGGAACAUCGAAGAGUUGCACGGUGUACGAGUUGGACUCGCCUCAAGAGCGGAUGGAGUUACCUGUUGGUGAAGUGGCGCAAGAGAUGCCUGCGAAGGAAGAUACAAGGCACGAGGCACCUUCAAGUGAAGUGGUCCAAAUUCGCACGUUGUCGCCCAUAUCACCACUGGCUGGGUCGUGA